AUGUUCUCACUUUUUGAAAAUGUUAAAGACAAAGUCAUUGCUGCUAAACAACACUUUAAAAAAGGUGCCCGCUCUUAUUUAGAAAUUGUUUUCGCAAAUCAAAGCCUACUCAAAGAAUAUGUUAGUAAUGGAAAUGUCCCACUUGGUAACAAAAACCAAAUCUCUGACCUUAUUCAAGAGGCCUUUGAAGACAUAGGCGAUAUCUCCUCUAUCAAACCUCUUCUGAUUGAAGGCACUCCUUAUUUAACAAACCAAUGGAUUGUCAUUUUCAAAAACACAGAUGACCCAAACCUAGAAAGUAAAAUCCCACGUUUCACUCAGGUCGGUGACAAUAAGGAAGAACCAACAAUAACUAAAGUACAAGAGGAACUUCCAAAAGAAAACAUUCCUGUUUCAAAUUUGGAAGAAAACCCCAAGGAAAAUACUGAAACUCUAGCUAAUCUUGAUACAAUGAUGAUAUCUACAGAAGAGGCAACUAAGAAGAAUGAUGAAACUGAUGACAAGCUAAAAUCCCUCCAUAUUUAA